AUGCCGCAGGUGUGCGUCUCGUCGCGUGACGGCCUGCUCGUCCCCAGCUCUCAGCCCAUAGAGCCAAAAUGGCGCACGCUCUCCGCGCCGCUCCAUCCUCGGCAUGUUGGCAAGGACGGUCUGCUCGGCCUGCGACAGCAACGACUCCGCGGCCCUGUGCUGCUCGUGUGCUGCUGGCGACAGCACCGUUUUCGGUCCAACCCUGCGCACCUCCUGUACGGGUACGGCACCAUCCUUACCGCAGCGGUGCAGGGCAGCGUGCCGCGCAACCUGAGCGCGGUGAUCCUCCACCAGUGCCCGGCGAUCGGCAAGUGGCCACUUGCCGUGGCAAUCUCGAACAUCGUCCUCGAGGUGGCGCGCGAACGCGGUCUUAUCACAGCCUCGACCCGCUUCAUCACGCUCAGCCCCUCGUCAACGCACUACCAGUGGGAGGCGCUGCCCUCGAGCCGCGCCGGCGACGAGCUCGUGUGCGCCUCCCCGACGUCGCUGCACGUCCGGACCCAGUACGGCAAGUGGCUACCCUGCCGCCGGCCCCCAGUGCUCGCGGCAUGGCAGGCGCGCCUGCGCUCCUGGUUCGCUGUGCUCGGCCUGCCUGCAGACCCAUCGCCGACGCGCGCCGUCGUGUGGCGGCGCGACAGCCACUCGAACAACGCCAAGCGGCGCAUCGUCAACUUGGCCGAGGUGACGGCGCUCUUUGAGCCGGCCGCACACGUCGUGAGCGCCUCCGAGGAGCUGAGCGCGGUGGAGCAGGUGCGGCUCUUCCGCUCGUUUGCUCUUCUCGUCAGCACGCAUGGCUCGCACCUCGUCGGCCUCGUAUUCUCGCCGCCGCACGUCGUCGUCGUCGUCGAGCUGCAGAGCGAGCCCAGCGACAUGAUGCUGCCGAACAACGCGCCGUGCUUCGUCGCGCGCUACGUCCUGAGCACGGGCCACGCGACGGCACGGCCGCUGCGCUGCAACUCGACGCAAUUUAGCUGCCGCAUGCGCCACAAGGAGGCCGACCUGCAAAUCAGCACGGACCGGCUGCGCGCCGACCUCGGCGCGAGCUGCUGGUGGACGCCGAACCAGAGGUGCGUGGUCAAACAUGCCACGAGCGGGGGCAGCGCUUCUUUGCCGCCGGCGAUUCGUAAUGGUUCGAGUGGGGGGUAG